UAAAGCUGUGGGCAAGGGGUUAGUUAAGUGUUCUUCCAGGACAAUAUAAAGCUUACAGUCAUUGCAAUAACCAAAAUAUGAUGCCUGUUUGAACAAACCAGAUACAAGGAAAAAUAAGCUUAAUUUUGCUUGUGCAAAUUCAUAAUACUCUCCAGAAUUUGUUAAUAGGCAACAAGAUUUCAUGGUUUUCCUCAAUGGGUGUGAAUGACUUCAUAGCAGGUGGAUACAGGCAUAUGCAGAACACACCCACUUCAAUUUUGUGGACAUCACUGAAAUGACAAUUGAUAAUUUACCUGGUCCCUAUGGUUGCAGGUAUACAAUGAAGCAGGCAAAAUACUAGAGACAGGCGCAUAACAGUCAAGUGACCUGUGCAUGAGGCAGCAAGAAUGAAGCAAACACUGAAUGAUUUCGCAAGUAACACCACCGCCCAUGGCUGGGGGAAUAUCCAUCAAAGAACAACAACAUUAAGCAAAGCAGUUUGGAUUAUCCUUUGCUUGGGAUGUACAGGUGUAGCAAUAUGGCAGGUCAUAACAAUAGUUAUAAGAUAUGGCUUGUUUGAAACUAAAGACAGAAUCCAGGUGGAGGAAGGAGAUAUUACCUUCCCAUCAGUCACUGUUUGUCCUUUAGUUGGAAUACCAAAGUCUGAGAAUUCAAAGUUACUGAAAGAUCUAUACAAUGGGAAAAUAGAUGCUGAUACUUAUGCAGAAAUGCUUGCAUUUGACACACAGAUAGUAUAUUCCUCUAUUUACCUCGACAGUAACAUUUCACAAAAUGCUUAUCGUGAGAAACUGGAAUUUCAUAAUGUGUUUUCUAAACAGCUGUUUUCGUUUCAAGGAUAUAUUGAAAACUUUAAUAUAUUCAGGGAUUACAGCCAUAAACAAGAGGAGUUUAUACCAAUUUGUAGAUACCAAGGAAAGCCCUGUUUAAAAUCAGACUUUCAAUCUCUGGAUCACCAUGAACAUAAUAAAUGUUACACAUUUAAUGGAGCUAACAAUACAAUCUCGAAUCCUAGCACAAAUAUCACGGGCCCUAAAGGUGGACUGAGUUUAGUCUUGUUUGUUGAUGCUAGCGAAGCCUCACAAGUAUACAACCCAGAUUAUCCUACAAGUGGGAGUCAAGGUGUAAGAGUUGUUAUCCAUGAAAAGGGGACUUUUCCAGAUCCAGAAAAUGAUGGGUUUGAUAUUGAGCCAGGACAUUCAGUGAAUGCCGCAUUGUCUGUAAAUCAACGACAGCUGUUGAAACCACCAUGGGGUAAAUGUGCGAAUUAUGAUGCCGAAGUCUACGGUGGUUUCACAUACAGGAAAAAACUUUGUCAACUAAGCUGUACACAGAGAUUCAUCUACAAAACAUGUGGAUGCAUCAAAUCCUCUUUACCUGUCGAUGAGGUAACAGCACAUAAAGAAUAUUGUCUAAAAAUCCAUCCACAAGAAUGGUUAAAGCUAAACUCCAGUCAGUACAAUCUAACUAUAAUUCAGAAUGACUUGGAAAAGCUUCGUUGCCAAAAUCGUGAAUAUCCCUCCUCAGAUAUUCUUGCCCAAGAUGGUUGUCAAUGUCGCGAAAAGUGUAUGUAUCAUACAUAUGAUAUGACGCUCUCCCAGGCAGAAUGGCCAAUGAGGGGUGUUGAGAUAACAUUCUAUUGUCGCUUAAUCAUGACUGCGGACAACUAUAUCAACUCAAGCAUCUAUGAUACAUUUCACAAUAUCUCAGAAUAUUGUGAUUUUGCAAAACCGGAAAAUGAAAGUAAGAUACUUCGAGAAAGAUAUGGCGAUACAUUGCGACAGAAUUUCAUUCGAUUAAAUGUCUACUUCAAGGAUCUAGAGAUGAAGGUAAUUAAACAGGCUGAAGACUUCACAAUAAACUCUAUGAUUUCUGAAAUAGGAGGUAGUUUGGGAUUCUUUGUUGGCAUGUCCAUCAUUACAAUUGCUGAAAUAUUCUUACUGUGUUGGAACAUUACAGGAGUACUAAAGAACAGGGUUGAGAAUAGGGUUGUCUCAACCCCACACCAGGAGAAUAAAACUGACCAGAAAAGUGCAUUGGAAAGAGCAAACCGUUCUAAUGCUUGGGAAGAUGAGAAAAGUAUUAAAUGGUAGAAACACUUCAAAUUACUUUAAUAAACACGCACCAUUCAAUGCCUCAUCUACCAGGGGGUCUGUCAACUGACUAUUAUGCUUGCUAAAACUGACAGACCAUACUAAAUGCUUGUUUUUUGUGUGACUUGUUAAAAGAAGGAGUGGUUCAUAAUGCAAAAAGAAAUAAAAUUUUCGCUAUGAAGUUUUUCACAUUGUAUUAUGAACACUUAAUAUUUUAAUAACCAACAAUCCAUUAGUCAUUCAGUGAUCAUUAAACAUCUUAAAUUCUUGUAUACCUGCAAUUCUAAAAAAAACCUAGUAACUGCAGUAUAAUUAAAUAAAUCAUAUGGAUUCUGAAUAUUAAAUCAUUGAAAUGACAGACUUGUAUAACAUUUCUUAAAUAAUCAUAAAUGAAUAAAUAAUUCAUUUCUUAAAUAUUCAAAUGAUUGUAUUGUGGUUGCAGGUCAUUAAUAUUUAAUCUGAUUUACCAAAUGUAUCUUAAUUACUCUUAUG